AUGGACUGCAUGGAUGCGGUCAAGUUGAUCAAGUCGCCUACCCUUGACAGAUCGCCACAUAGAAUGUUAGUUCAGGAUAUUAAGAGGCUCUUUGGUGAAAGGGAUAUCUCUAUUGAUCAUAGCCCCAAGAAAGUGAAUCUGGUAGCUAAGCUGGUUCGAGGAAUGCGCGUGGAAGAUGCCCUUUUACAGUUGCAAGUGACGGUUAAAAGGGCUGCCAAAACAUUGACCCUCCUCCUCGACGACACUGCAGAAGAGGCUUUUGUGGGAAAGGGACUUUAUCUCAAGAGGCUGUCUUACCACGCCAAAGGGAGGUGUGGUGUGAGGGAGAGACCUAGGUGCAGGCUGACGGUGGUGGUCAGAGAAGCCACAGCCGAGGAGGAAGCCAAGAUUGCGAAACUCAGGGUCAUGAACUACAAGAAGCUCACCCGGAAGGAGAAGCAGCUCAUGCCGCACCGGCUCAUCGAGGUCAGCCCCAAGUGGGCUCGCAAAAGGAAAGAGGAGGAGGAGGAGGCCGGUGCUUCAGCGUAGUACGAGUUUCCAUUUGCUGCAGGGUCCGUCUUUCUUGGCCGGCCUGGAGCCAGAGAGUAGUAGCUGCAUC